AUGGCAGCCGUUUCAAAGGGCUUUGUGUCUGAGCGCCUGCUCUAUCGUGCAGUCGAGGAUUCAGAUGAAGAUAAGGCAUUCAUUUGGAAGGAGCUUGAGAACGACCCUAAUACUCAAUCUUUGACUUCUGUUGCCCUCCACCGCCCGAUGAGCAAAAAGGGCGCUGAAAGUCAUCUCAAAAUGCUCCAAGAAACUUUGCUCGCGGUCAUUAUUUGUAUUCGUCCAGAUACCUCCGAGGCAGAUCCACUUGACACAACUGAGGCUCAGCCCGAUCAAGCCUCUAAAGAUGUCAAAGAUACUAAGCCUAUUCCCAUCGGUCAAUUGAUUAUUGCCCACACCCGUGGUCCGACCGUCGCCCAUCAUCGCUGUGCAAAGCUUGGUAUAUCUCUUAUCGAUGGACAACGUGGUAAAGGAUAUGGAUCUGAAGCCAUCAACUGGGCGUUGGACUGGGCGUUCCAAAGCGCUGGGAUGCACAGGGUUUCUCUGGGUACAUUUUCUUUCAACCAGCACGGCAUACAUCUGUAUCGAAAACUCGGUUUUGUUGAGGAAGGGCGUGAACGUGAAUCUAUACUAUACAACCGUGCUUGGUAUGAUAUUAUCUUGUUUUCUAUGUUGGAAAGUGAAUGGGAGAAACUGAGGGGGAUUUCUCAACCAUUGAAAAAGCACCAAGAAUAG